UGGCUGGAGGAGUCGGAGCUGGGCCCGGGCCAGAGGCUCCCGGGAUGGACCCCGAGAGGCCGGGCUCUGCGCCCCUGCAGCCAUCGAGCGAGCCAGGUUUCGUGCCGCUUCCCUUCUUCCUCCGGCACGACUGCCCAGUGUACUGGGACCUCUGUGCCUCUAUCCCGGCAGCCGAGAGCCUGGACUCCUGGGAGAGCGGCUUGCUGCGGGAUGGAGGGGCUCUGGUCAUCGCCAAUUCUUCCCGGGGGCAGCCGGGGAUGCCAGGGGAAGCUGGCUCCAUCUCCCCACAGCCACCUCUGGAUCUCUCUGGGUUUCCUUCGGCCGAGCCCUGGGACAUCCUCUCGCCGGAUGCCCCCGCUGACGCAGCCCCUGAUUUCAUUCACCCCCUGGUGGCGGCUGCUCACCUGGAUCCUGGUGCGCCUUGGUUGAUGUCAAGGCUAAAUCCAGCUGGAUCUACCCCUCCUCUACCACCUCUGGAUCCUGCUGGUUUUCCUUCGCCCGAGCUCUGGACCGGGCCCCACGUGGACGCCCCUCCUGACGCAGCCCCCGAUCCCGCGCUGCCCCCCGUGGCUGCUGCCUGCCUGGAUCUCACAGACGUACCCCCGACAUCCAAGACAAAUCCAGACUUGGGUGAAGUCUUGGCUCACGUCUCUAACACCCUGAGAUGCCACCCCAAGGGUAUGAGGGUGAAGCCGCUGAUGAAGAGGCUGCGGAAGGAGCAUGGGGUGGACCUGUUGGCAUUCAGCCGGGACGGAGGGUACCGGGGAGUCGUGUCCUUCCUGCAGGAGAUGCCGGGUAUCGAACUCUGGAACCCCGAGAAGGGAGAGAAGUGUCGUGUCCUGAGCUGUACCUUUAAGAAGAACAUCACAGACCCCCUGCCGCUACUCUGCAGCACCCUGGGCUCCUUCCCCAAUGGCCUGCGGGUCUUCAGCCUGAGGAAAGCCAUGUGGCAGAAGCACGGGGUGAACUUGGAGGAAUUCAGCCAGCAACAGGGAUAUCUGAGCACCCUGGACUAUCUGACCAGGCUGCGUGGGAUCAGGCUGCAGGGGCUGGAGAGAGGGGAAAAGUGUCUUGUCCAGCUUCAGAAGGGUGAGGCUGUGAAGCCCCCUGCCCCGCAGCCCCCCCCAGACCCUGCUCCCCCAUCGGCCCAGCACAGCAGCAGCCCCCCGCCCGAUGCCCCUGCUGAUGGGGGGCCGACGGGAGCCCCGGGGGAGAUGCCUGGCUUGGCUGAGGUCUCGGCCUGGGUGCGGGACGUGCUGGGCCGGUUCCCGCUGGGGCUGAAGGUGGGGAAGCUGAAGGAGGCGCUGCGGGGCGAGCGCGGGCUGGACCUGGAGGAGCUGAGCCGUCAGCGGGGCUGCGGGGACGCCCUGCGCCUGCUCCGGGCUCUGCCCCACCUCUGGCUGCGGGACCCGGACAAGGGCGACGCCUGCCUGGCCCGGCUGGACGCGGGUGAGACUGUGACGCCUCCUGCCCCGCAGCCCCCCCCAGACCCUGCUCCCCCAUCGGCCCGGCACAGCAGCAGCCCCCCACCCGAUGCCCCUGCCGACGGGGGGCCGACGGGAGCCCCGGGGGAGACGCCUGGCUUGGCCGAGGUCUCGGCCUGGGUGCGGGACGUGCUCGGCCGGUUCCCGCUGGGGCUGAAGGUGGGGAAGCUGAAGGAGGCGCUGCGGGGCGAGCGCGGGCUGGACCUGGAGGAGCUGAGCCGUCAGCGGGGCUGCGGGGACGCCCUGCGCCUGCUCCGGGCUCUGCCCCACCUCUGGCUGCGGGACCCGGACAAGGGCGACGCCUGCCUGGCCCGGCUGGACGCGGGUGAGGCUGUGACACCUCCUGCCCCGCAGCCCCCCCCAGACCCUGCUCCCCCAUCGGCCCGGCACAGCAGCAGCCCCCCACCCGAUGCCCCUGCCGACGGGGGGCCGACGGGAGCCCCGGGGGAGACGCCUGGCUUGGCCGAGGUUUCGGCCUGGGUGCUGGACGUGCUGGGCCGGUUCCCCCUGGGGCUGAAGGUGGGGAAGCUGAAGGAGGCGCUGCGGAGCGAGCGCGGGCUGGACCUGGAGGAGCUGAGCCGUCAGCGGGGCUGCGGGGACGCCCUGCGCCUGCUCCGGGCUCUGCCCCACCUCUGGCUGCGGGACCCGGACAAGGGCGACGCCUGCCUGGCCCGGCUGGACGCGGAUGCUGCUGUCAAUGCCCCUGCCCCCUCCCCCUCCCAGCCUGCUGAGGCGGGGGGGCCGCGCGCCGUGGGCCCAGCGAGGCGGACGCAGGCCCAGCGUCGGGGGGCAAAGCCCGGCGCCAUGGAGACGUUGAUCCGGGGCGUCCUGGCCCCCUACCCCUCUGGCAUCCGGGUGAAGAACCUGCAGAAGCUGCUGGCGGGGAAGCAUGGAGCCGACCUGGAGGCUUUCAGCCAGGCCAGUGGCUACGGGGGCGUGGUCCCCUUCCUGUGGGACGUCCCGGGACUCACGCUCCGGGGCGCAGAGAAGGGCAACAACUGCAUCGUCCAGCUCCAGAGAGGGUCCCCGCAUCCCCACGCAGCUUCCUGUCCUGGGGAAGCAGCUGCCGGCACCCCCCCGAAGCCAGGGGCGGCCGACAGCUGGGACGCCGGGGACCAGGGCCCAGAGCCUGCCGCUGCGCUGGAGAGAGGUGCGACUGAGGUCCUGACGCUGCUCAGGUGCCUGCUCCGCCAGUACAAGUCUGGCCUGCGGCUGCAGAAGGUGCAGGAGUUGAUGCUGGAGAGACACGGGCUGGAUCUGAAGCGGUUUGUGAGCUCCCGGGGCAAGGAGGACGUGCUCGGAUACCUGCAGAGGCACCUGCCCGCGCUGAAGUACAGGCAGCCGGAGACGGGAGACAAGUGUAUCGUCUGGCUGGGGACAGGGCAGAAGAAAGGCUUUGGAUCUUUGCCCCCUGGCAGUGCCCGCCCCUUGCCCGGCUCCAAGAGGUGCCUCCUCCCAACGAAUGCUGCAGAGCGCCCGCCCCCGCCCGCCACCGACUGCCUCAACCGCCGGCUGCCCAGUGCUACCACCAACCAGCCUCUGCUUCCCAGCCUGCCCUCGGGCCGAGAGCCCUUCCGUGCCCCCGCCGUCCUGGGCAAGCUGGGAAAGUCCCCAGGGGCCAACCCCCGCCUCCCAGCCUGGUUACUGAGCCCACCCCGGCCCACUGGCGCCUGCUCAGGCCUGCGAACAGAGGUGGGGACCCAGGAGUCUGGGGCCAGGCCUGCCAGCGCCCCCUUGGUUCUGCGAGCGGAGGAAAGGACCCAGGAGUCUGGGGCCAGGCCUGCCAGCGCCCCCUUGGUUCUGCGAGCGGAGGAAAGGACCCAGGAGUCCGGGGCCAGGCCUGCUAGCGCCCCCUUGGUUCUGCGAGCAGAGGAGGGGACCCAGGAGUCCGGGGCCCAGCCCCCUGAGGACCUGAGGGAGCUGAAGCGGAAGGUGGGGGCCAUCCUGGCCGGGCACCCCGAGGGCAUGUCCCUCUUCCAGUUCCGUGCCGCGUACAGCGCCGCCCACCAGCACCCGCUGCCCCUGGGCCGCACGGCCUCCACUAAGCAGCGGCUGGCGCAGAUGCCCGACGUGGUGAGGAUGCAGGGCUGCGGGGUGCAGAUGCUGCUGCUGCCAGUGGACCCCGACGAACCCCCCGGGGCAGAGCCUGGUCUCGCCCUGUGGAUCCCACAAGAAGCUGCUGGCCUGGUUGGAGACCCCGACGACCCAGCUGAGCCCCCACCUGCCCCUGCUGUUCCUGACCCAGCUGGGGACCCCCACGUUCAGUCCAAGCUCUGUUCCACUCUGGCCGAGAUCCCCCCAGCUCCCGCCCUGGCUGGGGACCCCGACAUCCCAGCUGAGCCCCCUCCCACCCUAGCCGAGAUCCCUCUAGUCCUCACAGCUCCCGCCCCAGCUGGGGACCCCGACACCCCAGCUGAGCCCCCUCCCUUCCCUGCAGCUCCCGCCCCAGCUGGGGACCCCGACACCCCAGCUGAGCCCCCUCCCUUCCCUGCAGCUCCCGCCCCAGCUGGGGACCCCGACACCCCAGCUGAGCCCCCUCCCUUCCCUGCAGCUCCCGCCCCGGCUGGGGACCCCGCCGCCCCAGCUGAGCCCCCUCCCACCCUAGCCGAGAUCCCUCUAGUCCUCACAGCUCCCUCCCCAGCUGGGGACCCCGACACCCCAGCUGAGCCCCCUCCCACCCUAGCCGAGAUCCCUCUAGUCCUCACAGCUCCCGCCCCGGCUGGGGACCCCAGAGUCCCAGUCAAGCCCCCUCCCACCUUCGUGGCUCCGAGAUGGGGGCCGAGCCCCCAGGCCCUGCAGCGCCCAGAGGCCGCCGGACCUGAACCCAGCUGGGAGUUACCUGUCUUGGUGCCCAGCGCCCCCGUGGUUCUCCCGGCAUCGGGGCUGGGCAGCAGCUCAUGGUUCCGGCUUGGGGCGGAGCCCCCCCCCGCCCUGGGUGAUCCUGGUGCUGCUGCUCGCCCAGUCGUGUACCCUCCCCCCCAGGAGGUCCCCCCGGCCCCCUCUGCAGCCCCAGAGCCGCCCUCCCUGUGCCCAGCGGCACCGGGGCCACCCCAGGCCCGGCUCAAGCGGGUCCAGUUGGUGCCUCCCUUCCAAGACCACCCCGGGGCUGGGGAUGCCCCUCGGGCACAGCCGGUCCCUAGAGCCCUGGGUCCGAAUCAGGGCACGUCAGCGGCCGUGGGAUCCCCUGUGGGCCCGAUCCCUGCAGCGCCAUCCACAGGCCAGGCCGUCUCGCCUGCUAAGCAGCUCCCAGGGGUGGCCCCGGCUCCCCUCCCUCCUCCAGAUGCCAGUGGCUUAGUGACCCCCGAGCGGGGCUGGCCAGACGCCGGGCGCCCUGGCUCGGGUGGAGAUAUCGGCUCUCCUGUUGACCCCUUGCUGCGCUGCCAUCCGGCUCAGCCAGUCCCCUCUGCAGGGAGGACCCAGCCGGGCCCAUGGGCCGAGAUCCCCUCUGCUGCACCGGCCCACUCGCCGCCACGCCACACCGACACCUGCGUUCUCCUAUAG